AUGGCUCCUUUCGUCUUGGGAGAAGAUAAUGUCAAGGAAACUCGAAAAUGCUUGAGGGCCCUUUUGGCACAUAUUCACUCUGAAAAAGGCUUGAAUAAAAGAGAACCCAUUUAUUUAAUCAUUAAUACCAAAAUAGCAUUAACGAGACAGAAAGACUAUAUUCCUCGUAUAAUACCGUUAUCAAAAGGACUCGAAAAGCUUUCCGAUAAAUCUGUUCUCUUAAUAACAAAGGAUCCCUCAACUCACUAUAGAGCUGAGUUGACACUGUCAGGAUCUCUGACUGAGGAUGUAUUCAAUCAUAUAUACUCGAUGAAGAAGCUAAAAGCGUUAUCUUCCGAGACUAGAAAAAUCGAUAAAUUAUUCAAAGAGUUCGAUAUAGUGGUUGCCGAUAACAGAGUGCAUAAGUUUCUUCCAGACCUUCUUGGAGCCAAAUUUUAUCAAAAAAACAAAAAGGUGCCAUUUAUGUUGCAGAUGGCUAAACCAGACCACAAUGCUGUCUUGACUACUGGAAAAAAAUCGCACAAGCUUAAAGAUGAACGCUGUGAUCCACGAUAUGUGUACCAACAGAUGAAAGCCAUAGUCAAAAAUACCUACUACAUCCCACCUGCUAAUGGGAAUUGCAUAUCUAUAAAAUUCGGUUUCACUGAUUGGAAAGUUGAUGAAUUAUUGGAAAACAUCAAUGACAUCUUUUUUUACAUGAUUGAUUCAAAAUAUCAGCCUGUAGGUGGUUUGUUAAGGUCAGUUAAAAACCUCAACAGCGCUCAUAUUAAGACAAGUGAAAGUAUUAGCUUGCCUAUUUAUAAGUCAGGCAAGGAUGCAGAUAUAAGUAAAGUCUCAAGCGGUUGA